GUUGCUUGGAAUCAGUCGAGGUCAUCCAUGCACAUUCUGGGUACACCACAGCCACCGCUCGGAUAGACGCAUCUGCUCUCCUCGUGACUGCUGAAAAUGACUGACCCAACACAUGGUCAUGGCACACGCAGGCGGAUGCCGCCGCGGUCCCACUCCAACUUCGCUACACGUACCGCGCGGGAUGAUGCUGAGCAGUUGGAUCGACGGUCCUCAAUGUUUCCGUCGCCUUCGCCAAAUGAGGAAACCCCACUUCUCCCUUUGGAUGCCCACACAAUCCAUCAAGAUGCUCCAGGAAAUGACGAAAAUCUUCAAGAAAGGGACCACGGAAUAGACACCAUGCGAGAAUGGUUCUCCAGAACAUUUCAUACUGCGCAAUCCAGGUCGCCACGACAAACUUCAAUUCCAGGACACCAUGAGAUUAAACGACCUUCAGAUGUUGCAAAGCCUCGACCCGGAGCCUUUCCAAGGCCUGUUGGAGGGACCGAAAAGCUUGGGACAUUUGCGGGAGUUUUUGUUCCAACCACUCUCAAUGUUCUUAGCAUUCUCAUGUUCCUGCGUUUCGGCUUCAUCCUCGGUCAAACAGGGGUAGUGGGUAUGAUGGGUAUGCUCAUUGCUUGUUACGCCAUUAAUCUCUUAACCACCAUGUCCAUUUCUGCCAUUGCUACCAACGGAACGGUUAGGGGCGGUGGUGCCUACUAUUUGAUUUCCCGCAGCCUAGGACCCGAAUUUGGCGGAGCCAUAGGUAUCGUCUUUUAUCUGGGCAUGGUCUUCAACACAAGUAUGAACUCCGUCGGCCUCAUUGACUGCUUCAUUGAGAAUUUCGGGUCUGAUUCCGGCAGCUGGUCUCAAUGGAUGGAGCAAGGCUUCUGGUGGCAAUAUCUCUGGGCUACCGCGGUGCUGGUAAUAUGCACCGCAAUCUGCUUAGCCGGAAGUGGCCUGUUCGCACGAUGCAGCAAUGGUUUGCUUGUCAUCUUGCUCAUCGCCACGUUCAGCAUUCCUUUUUCCGCUCUUGUAGUGAGACCAUUCGAGAGCCGAAAGGAAGGCAUUCUGUAUACUGGGCUUAGCCUUGACACUUUCUUUGGGAAUCUGAUGCCGCAGUUCACAAGAGGUUCUGCAGGAAGCCAGCAUAAGCACAGAGAAAACUUCCAAGAUAUGUUUGGCAUCCUUUUCCCUGCCACCGGAGGUAUAUUUGCCGGAGCAAGUAUGUCUGGAGAUUUGAAACACCCAAGUAAAGCGAUCCCGAAAGGAACCUUGUAUGGCCUGGGAUUGACGUUCAUCUCAUACACCAUCGUUAUUCUGUCCAUGGCUGCGACCACCACUCGUGCCUCCUUGUGGUCAAAUACUAACGUUAUCCAACUAACGAACGUAUCAGGGAUAAUUGUGCUCCUGGGAGAGUUUGCGACUUCCGCCUUCUCAGUGUUGAUGGGAGUCAUUGGUUCUGCUAAACUGCUUCAAGCUCUAGCUCGAGAUCAUCUUCUUCCCGGUCUCUCCAUAUUUGGACAAGGGACUGAGAAAUCUGAUGAGCCAACUUAUGCCAUCGUCAUCACUUACAUCCUCGCGCAGCUUACCAUGCUGUCUGAUAUCAAUCAGAUUGCAUCCUUCAUUACCAUGACCUAUCUGAUGACGUUUUUGGUUACAAAUCUCGCAUGCUUCCUCCUCAAGAUUGGAUCUGCGCCCAAUUUCAGGCCCUCUUUUCAUUUCUUUAAUUGGCAAACUGCAGCCAUUGGCACUGUAGUGAGCGGUGUAACAAUGUUCUUGGUCGAUGGCGUCUAUGCUUCUGGCUGCGUUGCACUUCUGAUGAUUAUCUUCUUGAUCAUUCACUACACUACUCCUCCAAAACCCUGGGGCGAUGUCAGCCAGGGCUUAAUUUAUCACCAGGUUCGGAAAUACCUCCUUCGCCUCCGUCAAGAACAUGUAAAAUUCUGGAGACCUCAAAUCCUCCUUCUCGUCAACGAUCCGCGUCGUCAAUACAAACUCAUUCAGUUCUGUAACUCUCUAAAGAAGGGUGCACUAUUCGUCCUUGGCCAUGUAAUUGUUUCGCAAGAUUUUGGAUCGGCAGUACCAGAAGCUCGGCGACAACAGCAGUCUUGGGCGAAAUACAUCGACUUUUCCAGGAUCAAGGCUUUUGUCAACAUCGCAAUUUCUCCAGCUGUAGAAUGGGGUGCCAGGAAUAUUGUGCUUGGCGCAGGCCUUGGAGGUAUGAGGCCGAAUAUUGUGGUUAUGGGCUUUUAUAACCUCGGUGAGCUGCGGCUGAUGAAACCUCUUAUUGAUAUCCCAUCACCCCAACCGUCAAGGCCAUCGAGCGGAGCCGGGAAUCAUCCAAUCACCCCAAAGGCCGUGCAUGCAGCGGCUAAACGCAGGCAGACGGACAAGCUGCAAGGGAUCUUACCGACAGAUGCAAUGCGGCCCGAAAACGCAAUUGGGAUUCGCAAUUACGUCACAAUUUUGGAAGACUUGGUGCUUCGGCUCCAAAUCAAUGUUGCCCUUGCAAAAGGGUUCCAAGAGUUGGAUCUCCCUGUCUCAAAACCAACAAGGAAGGAGCGGAUUCUCAAUUUAAUAAGACUUAGAGAAAUAAGUGAUGAAGAGCCUUCAAAGAAAUAUAUUGAUCUAUGGCCUAUUCAAAUGUCUGCGGAGAUCGCCACCGCUGGCGAGAACCCCACAAGUAAGAACGUCCUCACGACCAAUUUUGACACCUACACACUCAUCCUCCAACUUGGCUGUAUCUUAAACACAGUACCGUCUUGGAGGCGGACAUACAAACUCCGGGUCGCAGUGUUUGUAGAGUACGAGUCUGAUGUUGAGGAAGAGCGUGGACGCGUCACGACAUUGCUGAGGAAUUUAAGAAUUGAAGCUGAGGUCCUGGUCUUCUGGCUUGCUAGUGGAGACUUAAUGAUGUACGAAGUCGUUGUAAAUUCGAGUACUGCAGAACACUGUGUACAGGCAGCAAGGGAUGUUGACGAAGCUUUAGAAGAUGAGGAAUGGUGGCAAGACAUAAAACGCCUUCGAAAACCUGGCGAUAUGAGCGCGAGUCAGGAAUUGGCGCGGACUGAGAGCCUUCUUGACACUGUGACCAACUGGCCCACUGCAUCGUUCCAACAUGGCCGGCGGGAGUCCAAACCGAAGCGCUUCGCCGAGUUACGAAAGAUGCUGCAGCGGUCGAAACGUAAAACAUCUAUGGGCAACUUAAGCGAAAUGGGCCUCAAUGUUGGAAUGCGUACACAACGCUUACCGGCAGACCUUCUCUCAAGAAGUGACACGGAGUCUUCAUCAAGCGAUGACAGUGACGAAGAAGCGGUGGCGACCGAAAGCGAAGAUCCCGUCGCAAGUGAGAACGAUCUAUCCGAGUAUGACCUAUCCGCUUCGGAUGAAGAGCGACCAGCUACCCCAGCCAGAAGAUCGAAGAGCGUGGGUGCCAAUAUGAGCAUACCUUUUAUUCGACAGAAGCUGAACCUUCGUAAAUCGUUAUGGAAGGAUGGUGAAUCUUCAGCGGACAAAGUCACACCCCUGCGACCGCAUCUAGAUGCUGCAUCAUCGGACACAGCUCUCCUAAGCACUUUGAAAGCCAAGCGAGCUAGGAGUAUUCAGAGCACAUCGCCCAGCCCUUCGUCUUCUUCAACGGAAUCUUCUGCCGCAGCUCGACCUCCACCUAUUCGCCACCAAUCCCUCCCUAAAUUUACCUCUAACCCAGUCCCUCGCUCCAGCAUUGCAGCCGAAGAAACCCCCGGCCCAUCUAUCAUGUUCGCCGACAUGCCCUCUCCAUCCACAACCCGAACGAAAGACCCCGUAUCCUCCUGCGUCUACCCCUCUCCGCACAUCCCUGCAGAUCCUACAUCCUCAGAAGACCAAGCAUCCCAAGCAACAGGCUACCCAAUCCAACAAGCGAUCCCGCUCUCCUUCAACGACUUACCGUGUCGAGCCCAACACCUCAUUCUCAACGAACUCAUCCGCCAGCACUCUUCGGAAACAGCCGUUGUAUUUACAACGCUACCUAGCCCGAUGGAAGGGACAUGUGAGACUGAGAUAGAGAGUGUUAAGUACAUUUCGGAUUUGGAGGUCUUGUGUCAAGGACUACCGCCUGUAUUGUUGGUGCAUAGUAAUAGUAUGACUGUUACUAUGAAUUUGUGAGGAGUGGGGCGUUGUGUUGGAGGGGUGGAUUGGAUGGAUGAUGGGAAUGCGUGUAGGUGGUUCUUGGCACCCAGUAUGGGAUAUUAACGGUGAUAAUUUGGUUUGUUGAAUAAGUUUCUAGAACUAGGAAGGCGGCUGGGAACAACUGGUUACAUUUGUCAAUCAGAUCAAGACCCAGACUCGAGG